AUGCCCUCUGUGCAAAAGUCUUACUGUGCAAUUGGAUCACUGUGCCCGAGUCGUGUCACCGAUUUAAAGCUAUUUCAUCAAAAUAUAUUUGGGAAAAUUCAAAUUAACCAUAAUAAUUCCUAUUCAAUAAAACAAACAAAAACAAGGGGUGAAAAAUAUAAAAUACAACCAACACGUUGUUCAACCAUGAUUCAGUAUAAUUCCUUUUUUAUUCGAACUGCCAGAAUUUAUUCACUUAUUCCCAUAGAAAUUAGGAAAAAUACACCACAAACGUUUUCUAAACUUCUUGCAUAG